AUGCCCAACGAUGUUCAAACAUUUCUGAUUCAUUUCUUGAAUUUGGAACCAUUCAAUUUGAAUUUAACACCACUACAAUUUGAUCAAUUGCCAGCAAAUCAGCUUUUGCAAAUUACAAGCAAUGUUUUGAGGUAAAUUUACUUUAAAUGGAAAAAAAUGAAAGAAAAUCGAACAUUUUUCAGCUGGAUUUUUCAAACUGAACAAGUUGAUGUUCGUCGCGAAAAUGCAGAAGAUACGGCAAUUCGCAUUUUGAACUUGUUGAGAAUUUUGAGAUAUCGACCACAGGUUGAUCAAGAGUUGAUGUAAGUUUAGGAGACUUUUCAGCAGACAGGGUGACAAUUACAGUAAUAAAACGAUGACUAUUAUUAGAUCUACGUCAGAAUUAAAUUAAUAAAGUUAAGAAAAUCGAAAAUUGUUGAUAUCAGAUCAAUACUAAUAGUUUUGUAAACAUUUAAGGAUUUAGAAUAAAAAUACUCAUGUUUGAGAAAAAAAUUAAAGAUUUUUUAGAUGAACUUUGAACAUUUAAUUGUGGACCUAAACCAAUUCAAGUUUUCACUCUAACAUUUUCAAAAACACCCAAAUCCACACAAUUCCUUCAAUUCAAAAAAAAACAGGAACAAAACAUAAAAUACCUCCAAACUCGCCAGACUCGAUAAAUGCAUAUAAAACUGGCGCAGGAAAAGGAAAAAUUGAAGGAAAUGAAAUAAAAUGGAAAAAAACCAACAUGGCUCAUAAUUUUAUUGGUUCUUUUCAGGGAUGAAUGGCGUGCUGGAAUAGUUGAAGGCGCCAAGGGAAGCAUAUAUCCACUUUUAGUUUUUCUUUUUGAAAAUACGGACUCAUUGAAAGAACGCGCUUAUUUGGCAAAAUAUUUGAUGAAGGUCGGUGAUGAAUUAGAUAUUUGUUGCAAAUUUUGAAAAAAGUUUGCAAAUGUUUCUUUUUUUCAAAGAACAUUGUGAGAAAAUAAAUAUAUGAGGAGAAAGAAAAUAAUUUGAUAAUAAAAUAUGGGCAUAUUAUAUUAUUUAUUCAGACCGAAGUUCCUAGCGAAGUGCAUGAUUAUGACACGGUGGAAUUGCAAAAUGAAAUUGGAGAGCUUAUGAAUGAAUUUAAGGUAUUUUCGAAAAAACCAAAAACUAGACACCAAACACCAACCCAAUUUUACAGGAAGUUCACUCGGAGAUGAAAAAUAUUCAAUCAGAUGUUUUAUUGUUAGAUGACAUAAAAGAGGAUCUUAAAUCGAUGGAACGCGAAAAACAACUGUUGAUACGAAAAAUUGAGAAAACCGAGAAAAAAGUCCAAAAUAUUCCAUUUUUCGAAAAGUAGGUUCAUUUUUUGAUCUUCGAAGCUUAUGUGAGCAGCGUUAGAAAAAAAGAAUAACGAACAAAAAAAAACUUUUUCAAGCAAAGCGGAAGAGGUUUGGGGGAAGGAAACAUCAAAGAGUACAUUGUGAAAAUUAUGACGAGAAAAAAUAGAACAAAUCGAAAUUUGAUACUUUGGUUUGGUUUCUAUGUUUGGAAAAAAUUAGUAGGACAAAUUCUGACGUCAAAAAUGACUGAAAAUUGAAUUUGUGAGUUCAUGAAACAAUGAAUUGGUAAUGUUUUGAAAGCAGAGAACAAUUUUUGAACAAAAAGUUGUUAGAAGUGGUGGGAGUUGUGGGGGAAUCAUGGAAAAUUGAUAUUGUUUUUGACACUGUAGAUGAAAAUAUUUUCAAAAAAAUAUUACAUUUCGGAAAAUUCAAGAAUCGAAUGAAAAAUGAGGAUUUCUAAUUCCCAAUUUUUCAGACAUAUGCAACUUGCUUCAAAUUUACGUGGGGAACGAGAUCGUCUAGCCGAAUAUACUUUACAAAAACAUCAAGAAAGACAAAAGGUAGUUCUGAAUUUUUCUAACUUAACAAUAUCUAUAUUAACACUUGUUCUAGGUUGUCAACGCUGAAGCUCGUAUAAAUCGUCUGAAUGGAGUAUUAGCAGAGCUUCGUAACGCUUCAGAAUCUAUCGAUCAAACAAGCUUGGUGGAAAAAGUAGAGGUACACAAUUUUUUGAAAAAACAAGAAAAAAGAACGUCACCUUGGUGAGAAACAGCAAAAAAAAGAAAUUUCAGGAUGAGGUUGCCACAAAUACAUAUUUAGUGAAUGAAAAAUUGGCGGAGGAUAUAAAUGUGAGAAAGCAGAAAAUCAAAGAAUUGGCUGGAAUGAUGAGAGCUUAUAAUAUAAAAGAUGAGGAUUUGAGCAAAUUAAAUGAGCAGGUAUCUUUUGAAUCAUGGAAAAAAUCAGGAUUAAAAACUGAAAUUCAGAGAAGAUAGGGGAACUCAAAAGCUUGAAUGUAUUGAAAAAUUAUAACAUGGUUUAAACUUCUGCCAAAAAACUUUCCUGAAAGAAAACCCAAAACCCUCCGAAAUCUAAUUCAGAAACUUUUUCGAGUAAAACAGCAAUAAAUUCCAGAUCGAAACACUGUCCAAAAACAUCAAACAAUUACAAGAAGAACGAGAUUCUCGUGAAGUGGAUGUUGAUGAAAAUAUGAGGUUAGUUCAGGAGCAAUCUAUGCAUUAUUCAAACUCUUUGAGGGCAAAAAAUCAAUAAAAAAGUCGCACUUUUUUUCAAGUGCAUUCUUUUUUUCUCGAAGUAAAAGAAGAAGAAGAAGAAAAAAGGUUGAAUUGGAAUGGAAUGGGAUGGAAUGGAAUGAAAAAAAGACUAGGGCGAGAAAAAAGAAAAUGAUUCUCCUCAAUUUUUCCAGCAUUUUUCGUCAUCAAGUGACUGCUCUUGAACGCAAGAAAGAAAUCGCUGUGCAACGUCUUCAGAAUAUUAGGUCCGUUUCUUUUUUCGAGAUUGAGUUUGUUUGGUUUUUUAAUCUCACAAAACAAAUGAAAACUUUUAAUUUCCUCUCGAAAAAGCAAAACAAAAAGUACAGUAAUCCUGUGAGGUCAGCGAAUGUUUGCUCUUUGCUUUGAUUCUCAUUAAUUUCCGAAAGUUAAUGAGAUUUUUCUUCUUGCAGACAGGAACUUACCAAAGUUGAAAAAGAGGUUGAAGAGCGAAAAAAUGUAUUGCAAGCAAAAGUUGGUGGCGAAGUUUUGUCCACAGUUAAGGUAAAGGGAUCAAAAAUCUUAAAACAAAAAAUGUUGUCGGCGAUUAAUUUGAUAUAUUAUUAUGAUUAUUAUGUAUAAUUUGUGAGAAAAGGGAAACUAAAACACCUGGUUUUUUCAAAACUACGGUAGUCUGAAACUUAUGAUUAUAGAUUAAUCAGAUUGUUUGAGAAAUUGUGUGGGGGUUUUCGAGGAAAUGAAAAUUUGAGGGCUUAAAUUUUCAUUUACAGUACAAGAGACAACUUGACAUUUUCCGUGCUCGAAAUGAAGAGCACAAACGAAAACGCCGCGAACUUAACGAGAUGCACGCUGAGAAAACAUUAUACAAAAGAACUGUUGAAAUUCUUGCCGCAAGAUAUGAUGAACUCCGUAGUUAUAUUGUAAGUCAAUUUUCAUAAAAACGAUUUUCUUCUCAAAAAAUCAAAAUUUAGGAAAACAUUGGUGGCGAUAUUGUUGAAGUUUUACAUGUUCCUUCACAAUCUGAUCGUCCAAAAACAUCAGCUCCAACUACUAAUAAAAUUGAGGUAAAAAGAGAUUUGGAAAAAAUAAGAAAAAAUAAAAUUUAUUAAAUUUAGGACAUUCGAGAAGAGAUAAAAGAAAUGAUGAAGAAAAUAGAUGAUUUGAAAAAUAUCAUUUCGGAGAAAAAACGAGAACCUGAACAGCUGGAAUCUUUUAUCAAGGUAUAACAAAAUAUUUUUAACAUUGAUGUUAGAUAAUUUUUUUCAGGAAAACUUGAGAUCUCUUUCUGAAAUUACUGAACAAACAAAUACCAAAGAAGAGAUGAGAAAACAAAAUAAUGAGAGAAAAUUAGAGGUAACAUAAUUUAGUUUUCGUUACAGAAAACAACUCAUAUUUUUUUUAGAACAUCAAUGAGAUGGAGGAAAAAAUAGAAAAUUACAGUACUGAAAUUCCAAAUCUCAAAAAGGCGAUAGAAGAAGAUUCAGAGAUUGUUGAAUUCUUGCGUGAUUAUGAAGAUAAGAGCGAGGAAAACAUUGAGGUUUUUUUACUUGUGAAUUCUCUAGAUUUGAAAAAAAUCUGUUCUAUUUCAGCACGAGAUUGAAAACUUAAUGGCUAUGGAAAAUGAACUUGAUUCACAACUUUCUGAAAUUGGAGAUAUCGAAAGUCUUCGAAAUCAAACUGAAAUGUGGCGCGGUUUGAAAACUAUUUUUGAAACCAAGAUUGAGAUUUAUAAGGAAAAAUUGGCUUCGAAAAAUUAA